AUGGCCAGGUACCCUAUCACACCAGGGUUCUUUGACGGCAGCAUGGACCCGUCUCUGAACGACAUGACCUUCUCCGACAUCCCGGGCACACUAUACAGCGCGCUACAGAUGGCCAACCUGGCUCCGACAUUGGAGGGACUCCUGGCUAGGGCAGCCGUCAUCACUCCCACAGAGGCAAUAUCUGACGUGUCAAGGUCGAUACUCUACACCGGUCUGCCGCUGGAAGGUUACGACCUCACCACAGACACAAUGGAAGAUCAGCUGAUGAAGAUACGGUCAUUUGAGGGAACAUUGGAGAGCUGGGACUUUACAAACAGAAUCACAAUUAGCCUGCACAAUGUGCUGUCGAUGACACGGCGUUACCAAAUAAUGAUUUGA